AUCCAUAUCACACAAAUGCAGAUAGAAAGCCAUGGUGGCUAUGACAUGUCCAGGAAAUCACAACAGUUAGUGAUACAGCUGAGACUAGACUCAAAAUUUCUUUGUACUUAUCACUCUUAUAGCUAUGGAGUGAAAUUUAAAAGCAUUUCUGGACGGCUACAAGAACGUGAUGACGAAAGACGCUUCCUCUUUGCCGCAUCUACUGCGAGGAUGAAGACCAUUCUCAGCAAUCAGACUGUGGACAUCCCAGAAAAUGUGGACAUCACUCUGAAGGGACGCACAGUUAUUGUGAAGGGCCCCAGAGGUACCCUGUGGAAGGACUUCAACCACAUCAAUGUAGAGUUCAGUCUCCUCGGAAAGAAAAAGAAGAGGCUCGGGGUUGACAAAUGGUGGGGAAAUAGAAAGGAGCUGGCCACAGUUCGCACUAUAUGCAGUCAUGUACAGAACAUGAUCAAGGGUGUUACACUGGGCUUCCGUUACAAGAUGAUGUCUGUGUACGCUCACUUCCCCAUCAACGUCGUUAUUCAGGAGAAUGGUUCUCUUGUUGAAAUUAGAAAUUUCUUGGGCGAAAAAUACAUCUGCAGAGUUCGGAUGAGGUCAGGUGUUGCUUGUUCAGUAUCUCAAGCCCAGAAAGAUGAGUUGAUUCUUGAAGGAAAUGACAUUGAACUUGUAUCAAAUUCAGCUGCUUUGAUUCAGCAAGCCACAACAGUUAAAAACAAGGAUAUCAGAAAAUUUUUGGAUGGUAUUCUAUGUUUCUGAAAAAGGAACAGUUCAGCAGGCUGAUGAAUAAGAUCUAAGUUGUCCAGCUAUAGAAACACCGAGAUGCCGAAUGAUUUGU